AUGAUGUUUAAAUUGUGUUUACUAGUCAUUAUUAAUUUAAUAAUACAAAUUGAAUCUGCUGAGUAUGAUCUGGAAUUUUUAACCGUAGUAUUCCGACAUGGAGACCGCGCACCUGAUAAUGGAAGAGAGCAAUACCCGAAUGAUCCAUACAAAGAUUAUGAAUUUUUCCCGGAAGGUCACGGAGGAUUAACUAAUCGCGGUAAGAAGAGAGAAUUCGAUCUAGGUAUUUAUCUUCGCAAUCGUUACAAUGACUUUUUGGGAGAAACGUAUAUUCCAAAAAAAAUAAUGGCUCGAAGUACGGAGUACGAUAGAGCUAAAAUGUCUUUACAAUUGGUAAUGAGUGCUCUGUACCCUCCAAAAGGUGACCAAGUUUGGAAUAAAAAUCUCAACUGGCAACCAAUUGCUUUUACUUAUCAACCCGGUGAUGUUGAUAUUCUUAUGAUUCCUGAAGAAUGUCCAAAAUUUUUAGAAGAGUUAAAUCGAGUAAAAGAAUUACCAGAAGUAAAAAAACAAGUAAAUAAAAUGCGUCCAUUUAUGCAAAAACUUACAUUACUUUCUGGUAAAGUUAUAAAUACAACAACUGACUUUUAUGAUAUGUAUCACAAUUUGAUGGCAGAGUAUGUUAUGGGAUUAAAACUACCUUCAUGGACAGAAGGAAUUUUUCCUAAAGGUGCGCUGUGGGACGGAAUCACAUUAGAUUAUAAAAUAACUCAUUACAAUGAAAAACUUAGAAGAUUAAACGGUGGAAUGUUCGUUAGACAUUUCACAGAUAUUAUGACAAAUAUAAUCAACAAUAAAACUAACAAUACACCGAAGAUUCAUUUACUAAGCGGACAUGAAACGAACAUCGCGUCUCUUUUGAAUACUCUUGGUGUAUUCGAACCUCACGUGCCUCCAUACAGCAGCGCUGUAAUUAUUGAAUUACUUCGUAAUCAGACUGAUUAUUUUGUCGGAAUACGACAUUACUUGGGAAUCCCACCAAAGUCUGUGGAGAAACAAAUUCCAGGAUGCGCUGUUCCUUGUCCGUUCAAUGACUUUAUGAGGAUAAUGAAAAAUAUAUGA